UCAACAAUGUACAGUGAAGUGAAAUGUUUGCGUGAUUUUUGUGGAUUAAACGAUGUGUAAGGCAGAUUUUAUCCCUACAGAAAAAAACUAGGAUUAUGGAUGAUCCUAAUGAGGAGCUCAGGGUCGUUCCCGAGCUCUACUUUUUGAUAGCGAAAUUUCUCUCUGGAGGCCCUCUGAAGGAAACUGCGAAGACUUUGUUGAAAGAGCUCGAGAGUGUAGAGGUGCUGCCUCGGCGGCUCGACUGGGAGGGCCACGAGCACGCCCAAUCCUACAAUGAAUUGGCGUCGCAAUACAACGAUAUGCCGUGGACGCGGCUGGCGUCCAUAUGCAAGCGGGCGCUACAGCUGGCGCGGACCGCCAGCAUCGCCGCACACUCCUCACCGGACGGCCUGACGGCGCGGCUGUCGCUGCUCAGCGAGUCGCUGGUGCGGCCGAAGCCCAAGUACGCUUACUACAAACAAGAUCACAGCUUGGUGCGGCGGCUGGCGCGGCGCGAGUGCGGGUUCGGUCCGGCGGCGGCGGCGGGCGGGCGCGGCGGGCCGGCCGUGCUGCCGGCGCGGCUGCUGUCCGGGCUGCGGCUGCAGCGCCGGACGCUCGGACACCUCUCCGCCGUCUACUGCCUCGUCUUCGACUGCACCGGACGAUACGUCGUCACCGGCGCGGACGACCUGCUGGUGAAGGUGUGGAGCGCGGCGGACGGGCGCCUGCUGGGCACGCUGCGCGGCGCCGGCGCGGAGAUCACCGACGUGUGCGCCUCCGACGACGCCGCGCUGCUCGCCGCCGGCUCCGUCGAGCGCCUCGUGCGCGUCUGGUGCCUGGCGACGGGCGCUCCGCUGGCCGUGCUGGCGGCGCACGGCGGCACCAUCACCGCGGUGCACUGGGCGGCCGGCGCGCGCUGGCUGGCCUCCACCUCCACCGACGGCUCGGUCGCCUUCUGGUCGCGCUCGGGCGGGCAGUUCGCGGCGCAGCCCGUGCAGUACGUGGAGCGCAUGCGGCCCGGCGCUUGCCACAUGAUCUGCGCGGCCUGGUCCGCGGGCGGCGCCUUCCUGGCGGCGGGCAGCGCCGACCACCACGUGCGCGUGUACGCGGUGGGCGGGGAGGAGGCGGGGGGGGCGCCGCGCCGCGUGCUCGAGCUGGCCGUGCACGGGGACGCCGUCGACAGCCUCGCCUGGGCGCACCGCGGCCUGCGCUUCGUGUCCGGCAGCAAGGACGGCACCGCGGCCCUGUGGCAGCUCCACGCCACGCAGUGGAGGCACCUGCUGCUGCGGCCCGCCGCGCCCGCCGCCUCCGCGGCCUCCGCGCCCGACCACAAGCGGCUCAAGGUCACGAUGGUGUGCUGGGACAGCAGCGACGCGUACGUCAUGACCGCCGUCUCCGACAACACCAUACGCGUGUGGUGCGCGGCGCGGGGCGUGCAGACGAGCGUGCUGCGGGGCCACGCUGACGAGGCGUACGUGCUGGAGCCGCACCCGUCGCUGAGCGGCGUGCUGCUGUCCGCCGGACACGACGGACAGCUGUUCGUGUGGGACGCGGCCGCCGCCCAGGUGAUAGCGCACUACCAUAACAAGAUCGAGGGCCAGGGCGAUGGUGCCAUCUUCGAUGCCAAGUGGGGCUCCGCCUGCACGGUGGCGGCGUCCGACUCGCACGGACACCUGCUGCUGCUGGGGCUCGGACAGGGACACCCUCUGCUGCGGCAGUUGCCCACGGAGCUCUUCUUCCACACCGACUACCGUCCUCUGGUGCGGGACGCGCUGGGCGGCGCGCUGGACGAGCAGACGGAGACGCCGCCGCACCUGAUGCCGCCGCCCUUCCUGGUGGACGUGGAGGGCGCGCCGCACCCGCCCGCCCUGCAGCGCCUCGUGCCCGGCAGGGAGAACCUCGCGCUCAGCCAGCUCAUACCCGCGGCCGAGCGCGGCCGCCUCGACGCGCUCAUACUGGCGCUGGCGGGGGAGGAGCGCGGGGCGGGCGCGGGGGGCGUGGGGGGCGCGGGGGGCGUGUGGCGCGGGGAGGGCGUGCGGCACACGGCCGGCUCGUGGCAGCGCGGGGACCCGCUGCUGGUGCCGCCCAGCGAGCGCCCCCUGGUGCCGCCCCUGCCGCCCGCGCACCGCGCCAGGGUCCACGCCGCCGCCGCGGACCUCCACCACAUGGAGCACGAGUGGUACCGGCGCGAGAUGCGGCGGCGGCCCGUGAUGAUCAACACGGCGGGGGCGGGCGGCCCCGAGGGGGCGCGGCGGCGCGCGGGGCGGCGGCCGCGCGCGCGGGCCGCGCCCCCCGCCCCCGCCGCCGCCGCCGCCCCCGCGCGGCCCCGCCCCUGCCCGCGCCCCGCGCCCGACUCUCCGCCGCCGCCCCCCGACCUCGACUCGGAGUCGGACACCUCGGACGAGUCCGUCCGCCUGUCCGGCUCGCUGCACUCCUCGCACUCGCACUCGCGCGGCUCCAGCCUCGACUACACGCAGUCCUCCAGGUCAGUGCUGCGUUCUGCUCUAUGUGGUCCCUCGAGCCGGACAUUGUUCCGGCUCGAAGGACCACCGAAGGUGAACUCACGUUCUGGAAGUAAAAGUGACGACUCGGAGUCGUCGCAGUACUCGGACUGGGAGGCGGGGGCUGCGUUGGCGCCCCCCGCCCGCGCCCGUCGCCGUCCGCUGCCCGCCACCAGAUACAGCCCGACUGCGGCGAACACGAAGCGCGGCGGUCCGGCUACUGGCCGCCCCCCGCCGCCCGCGUCCCCGGGGGGCCCGGCGGGGGCGGGGGCGGGGGCGGCGGGGCCCGGGGGGGGCGAGGCGGAGGCGGAGGAGCUGCCCGAGGCGUACCGCCCGGGCGAGUGGCUCACGGCCGUCACGCCGCGGAAGUCUCCCUACCACCCGCAGAUGGGCGACGAGUGCGUCUACUUCAGACUGGGCCACCAGCGUUACUUCGAGGCGGUGGCAGAGAAGGACCUCUACAAGAUCAAUCCACGCGACAAACCCUGGGAGAGGACACUAGUACACGAGUGCGAGCUGGUGAAGGUGGUGGGCAUCAAGUACGUGAUCAAGCCGCCGCGCGUGGUGUGCCUGAAGCUGGCCUGCGUGCUGGAGGCGCCCCGGGGCCGCAGCUUCACGGUGCGCUACCACGACAUGGCGGACGUGAUCGACUUCCUGGUGCUGCGGCAGCACUACGAGCUGGCGGUGGCGCGGCGCUGGGAUUAAAGAUAUAGGUUCCGCUGCAUCAUCGACGAUUGGUGGACCUUAAAUAUGGUGGACAUUACGCCACCACCACCCACCACCGCCGCCACCGAUCUCUAUAAUAUUAUGGUUUCCGCAGCCGCCCACCACUUCCUGUCCAUUCGCGUGCGCUGGGACAACGGCGAGGUGGAGCGGCUGUCGGCGUGGGACCUGGAGCGCGUGGACGCGGCGCGGCUGCCGUCGUCGCCGGGGGCGGCCGUGGGGGUCCUGCCGCACGAGCUGGCCGCCGCGCUCUACCGCGCCGCGCCGCGCGAGUGGCCGCCCGCCGGGGACCGCGCGCUCGCCUGCCGCACCAUCGCACGACACGUGUCGCAGGUGAUGACCCUGGCGGCUGCGGAGCCGUUCGUGGCCCCGGUGGACCUGCAGCUGUAUCCCUCGUACGCGCGCGUCGUACCCUACCCCAUAGACCUCGCCACCAUCCGCGCGCGCUUCGAGAACAUGUUCUACCGGCGGGCGGCAGCAGCGCAGUUCGACGUGCGGUACCUGGCCACCAACGCGGAGCAGUUCAACGAGCCGCACGCCAUCAUCGUGCGACAGGCGCGCCUUGUUACAGACCUGCUGCUGCACAUCAUCAGCUCGUGGCAGGACGUGGACGUGUUGGCCAAGUACCACGAGUUGGCCGCCUCCUACCACUCGUCGGAUGACGAGCCGCUCGCUGCCAGCGCCGCCAAGGGGUGGCGGGCCACGUGCGCGCAGCUGCUGCGGGAGCUCAUGGCCUCCGCGGACGCGGAGCCCUUCACACGACCCGUCAGCCUCGACAUGGCGCCAGCCUGUACAAAUAAUCAAGCUCAUGAAUACAAAUGUUUGUGCCGGCCGCGUCAGGAAUCGAACCGUGGCGCGCUGGCCGGCGACGUGCGCCUGUUCGCCAACAGCCGCCUGUACAACACCAACAAGCGCAGCCUGUUACGUACACCGGCCCCGCCUGUACAGACUACCAACAAGCGCAGCCGUAAUGAUGAUCACGUCACGUUCGUGCGUGGCCGCGCUGGCCGGCGACGUGCGCCGAGUGUUCGCCACCAGCCGCCUGUUCAUGUCCCAGUAGAGCCGCGUUGUUCGUUGUCCGGUUGUGACGUCACGUACCGUGACGGGGCCGCGCUGGCCGGCGACGUGCGCCGAGUGUUCGCCAACAGCCGCCUGUACAACACCAACAAGCGCAGCCGGCCGCCUGUACAACACCAACAAGCGCAGCCGGGUACGUACACCGGCCGUGACGUCACGUCACGUCACGUUGGCCGCGCUGGCCGGCGACGUGCGCCGAGUGUUCGCCAACAGCCGCCUGUACAACACCAACAAGCGCAGCCGGGUACGUACACCGGCCGUGACGUCACGUCACGUCACGUGGCCGCGCUGGCCGGCGACGUGCGCCGAGUGUUCGCCAACAGCCGCCUGUACAACACCAACAAGCGCAGCCGGGUACGUACACCGGCCGUGACGUCACGUCACGUCACGUCACGUGGCCGCGCUGGCCGGCGACGUGCGCCGAGUGUUCGCCAACAGCCGCCUGUACAACACCAACAAGCGCAGCCGGGUACGUACACCGGCCGUGACGUCACGUCACGUCACGUGGCCGCGCUGGCCGGCGACGUGCGCCGAGUGUUCGCCAACAGCCGCCUGUACAACACCAACAAGCGCAGCCGGGUACGUACACCGGCCGUGACGUCACGUCACGUCACGUGGCCGCGCUGGCCGGCGACGUGCGCCGAGUGUUCGCCAACAGCCGCCUGUACAACACCAACAAGCGCAGCCGGGUACCCGCCUGUACAACACCAACAAGCGCAGCCGGGUACGUACACCGGCCGUGACGUCACGUCACGUCACGUGGCCGCGCUGGCCGGCGACGUGCGCCGAGUGUUCGCCAACAGCCGCCUGUACAACACCAACAAGCGCAGCCGGCCGCCUGUACAACACCAACAAGCGCAGCCGGGUACGUACACCGGCCGUGACGUCACGUCACGUCACGUGGCCGCGCUGGCCGGCGACGUGCGCCGAGUGUUCGCCAACAGCCGCCUGUACAACACCAACAAGCGCAGCCGGGUACGUACACCGGCCGUGACGUCACGUCACGUCACGUGGCCGCGCUGGCCGGCGACGUGCGCCGAGUGUUCGCCAACAGCCGCCUGUACAACACCAACAAGCGCACAGCCGGGUACGUACACCGGCCGUGACGUCACGUCACGUCACGUGGCCGCGCUGGCCGGCGACGUGCGCCGAGUGUUCGCCAACAGCCGCCUGUACAACACCAACAAGCGCAGCCGGAUCUACUCGAUGACUGUCCGUCUGUCGUCGUUGUUCGAGGCGCUGUGGGCGCGCGCUGCCCCCGAGCAGCCCGUCCGGGCCGGACGGCCCAGCCGGUCCGGGCGGUCCGGUCGGUCCGGUCGGUCCGGUCGGUCGGGCCGGCGCGCGCCCGCAGCCCGGCCCCGCACCCGCCGCUCUCGCCGGCCGCGCCGCGCGACCAGGGCCGCCGCACAAAACUCACCGACGGAAGCGGAAACGGUGGCUCCGGUAGACGGGCAGCAGGCGGGCGCGGGCGCUCGGUCCGGGUCGCGCGGGUCUCGCGGGUCGUCCGGGUCGUCCGGGUCGUCGUCGGAGCCGCUGGCGGCCACCUCGCGCCGCGUGCACCGCGCCGCCCGCCAGGACUCCUGGGACAGCGACGAGCCGCUCCACGCGCACACCAAGGGCAAAGGCGUGGGGAAGAAGAGUAAGAGCAGCAGCAACAGCGCGGAGCCGGGGCCGAGCACGAGUCGCGCCAGACUAGCAAUGCCGUACGAGUCCGAGCCGGAGUCUGAGCCGGGCGCGGGUGCGGGUGCGGGUGCGGGGGCGACCGCGCGGUGGUCGUCCGGCAGCGCGUGCUCCAACAUCCGCGUGGUGGAGGAGGAGCUGCUGGAGGACGACGUCGAGCUCACCUACGACGAGCCGCCGCCGGCAGCGCACACCCGCAAGCGUGGUCGCGCGCCGAGCUCAGCCAGCGGCAGUGUGGCGAGCGUGGCGAGCGUGGCGAGUGUGGGCAGCGACUGGGCCGCUCACCACAAACGGCCGCGCCGCAGCGGGCACGCACCCAAACAGAGGCGCGAGCGGACGAGCGCGGCGUGGUCGUCGGGGUCAACGUCCGGGUCGGACGGGUCGGACGGGUCGGACGGGUCGGACGGGUCGGGCCGGGCGGGCCCCGCGGCCGCCAGCUAUGAGUCGGAUCGCUCCUACCGUCCGCGGUACUCCACCGACGACGACGCGCCGCUGCAUCUGGAGCGGCGGCGCGGUGCGGGGGCUGCGGGCGGGGCCCCGGGCCCGCAGUCCGAGGACGGCAGCGGCGGCGGCGUGUCGCUGCGGGCGCGCGGCAGUCCGCGGCAGUACAACGAGGACAGCGAGGAGGACUCCGCCGCCGCCAUCAGCAAGCGGCUGCAGCACCACCACCGCCACCACCACCACCACCACCACCUCGCCACCAGGCGGCAGAGACACGCUGCACAGACGUCGGGGUUAAGCUCGCUGGCGCCGGGUGUGGCGAGUGUGGCGAGCGUGGCGAGCGUGGCGACCAACGACGAUCACAACUACUUCAACGGGCACGCCGCCGUCGCUCAGCACAACGGCACGCACAAUGGUGCUGCUGGCGGGGGCUCCGCCAGCAGCAGCGGCGGCGGGGGCUCCGCCCCGGUCUCGAUCUCGUCCCGGGGCCGCGUCCGCAAGCUCACACCGAAGGCGCGCGGCCUGCUGCGGGACUGA